AUUGCAAGCAUUAUUCAUUCCAAAUAUUAAUGAAAGACUCUGAUAAUUUUGUUGCAUUCAAUGUGAGACUGGCAUAUGGUAUAUUAUCAUUUUUGAUAUGUCCCUAUUUAAUUGUACUUCGACCCAAGGUAGAGUACCGUGUAAAUGAAAUGUGUACACUUAUCAGUUUAAAGUUCCAGUUAUCGACUUUACGGUGACAUUGAUUACUCCACGGUAGUAAUGGCGUACGUAGGAUGUUGUGGUGGCCCGGGGUAUGCCACGCCCCUGGAUGCUAUGAAACUUGGUCCUCACGAGAAGCUUGUAUAUGUCCCAUGUAUAACCCCCGUCCACAGAAAGAAAGACCUUGCAGAUUAUCUAGCCACGAUAGAUGUGGACCCCAACUCCCCGACAUACAGCAAGGUUAUACAUCGACUUUACAUGCCAAACAAAGAGGAUGAAUUGCAUCAUUCAGGGUGGAACGCCUGCUCCAGUUGUUAUGGAGAUCCCUCCAAAAGCCGGAAUCGUCUGAUCUUGCCGUGUUUGAACAGUGACAGAGUGUAUGUUGUGGACGUGGGAACCGACGAGCGAGCACCGCGGCUGUUCACGAGUGUGGAACCGUGGCAGCUACACGGGAAAGCAAACCUCGGGGCGCCUCACACCACACACUGUUUGGGGUCUGGAGAGGUUCUCAUCAGCUGUAUGGGAGACGAAAGCGGAAACGCAAAAGGUGGUUUUGUCCUGCUGGAUGGACAGUCCUUCAUCGUGAAGGGAAACUGGGAGAUGGAACCGUUAAAAUUUGGCUAUGAUUACUGGUAUCAGCCGUACCACAAUGUGUUGAUCAGUACAGAAUGGGGAGCCCCUAAAGCCUUUAGGAGUGGCUUCAACCCCCAACACGUGACAGAUGGUCUUUACGGUCACCAUCUGAAUGUCAUGGACUGGACCACUCAUGAACUGAUUAAAAGAAUUGACCUUGGGCCAGAUGGUCAGUUACCGCUUGAGAUACGCUUCCUCCACGACCCCACGGCCACAGAGGGUUUCGUGGGCUGCGCGCUCAGCUCUACCGUGUUCCGGUUCUUCCGCGCCCCUAAUGGGCAGUGGGAGGCGGAAAAAGUUAUUAGUAUUCCACCAAAGAAAGUGUCCGGCUGGGCAAUGGACGUGAUGCCAGGUCUGAUCACGGACAUAUUGUUAUCGCUAGAUGACCGCUAUCUGUACUUCAGUAACUGGUGCCACGGCGAUAUCCGGCAGUACGAUAUAACAGAUAGAAGGAAUCCGAAACUUGUGGGACAGGUAUUCCUAGGAGGAAGUAUUUGUAAAGAUGGAAAGGUCAAGGUGCUAGAUGACCCGGAACUAAAGAGCCAGCCCGAUCCGGUGUACGUGAAAGGCGAACGCCUCCGCGGUUCCCCACAAAUGAUUCAGCUGAGUCUGGACGGGAAAAGAUUGUACGUCACCACAUCGCUCUACUCUAAGUGGGACGAACAAUUCUACCCCGACAUGCACAAAAACGGAUGCCAGAUGUACAUUUUGGACGUAAAUAAUGUCACGGGAGGUCUGUCCCUGAACCCGAAUUUCCUCGUUGAUUUCGGCAAAGAGCCCCAGGGUCCUAUGCUAGCCCACGAGGUGAGGUACCCAGGAGGAGACUGCAGCUCGGAUAUCUGGCUGGCUCAUACCGCCAUAAAGAACAAGAUGUAGAUGUGCCGAAGUGAACUUUUAAUGGACAUCUAAUAGAUAUCUAGUGGACGUGCAAUCGAUACCUAAUGGACAUUCUCAUCACUGGAACAAUUUCAUUGGCUUUAUAAGCCAGGCCAUGUUAAUUUACGUUAAUGCUUUCACUAUUGUUUAGUGGUUACAUGAUUUUUAUGAACAUGUGUGUAAUUACUAUGAUUAACGGAUGUGUAAAUUGUAUAUCUAUUGUUAAUGGCUGUUAAAUAUGUAAACCAGAAUUAAACUUACGCAUUAUAAA